UUACAUUAUCCAUUUAUAUGCCUAUGCAAACAUUAUGAAGGACUUUGGUAAAAUGUUCUCGCGUCGCUAUAGUGCCGUCUGUGUCAGCGACGAGGAGGCGGGCGUGAAUGCGAAUCUGCCCAAUCAGGGGGCAACAAACGCAGCCGCCACCGCCGCCGCCGUCGUCGCCACAGUGCAGAAACCAAUCCAAACUUCAGCUGCAGCUGCAGCUGCUGCCACAUCCUUGCCAGAGGUCGAUUCCGUUGCAGCCGCAGCGGCGUUGGCGGCGCUACAGCGCGCCCAGCGCCGCAAGAGCCUCAAGGCAAAUCGCUCCAUGAAGCCCAUGGACAUAUUGGGCAGCUUCUUCGAUGAGCGGCAACCUGGCAAGCACAAUGCACGCUCGCCCACACGCGCUUUUUUGUUGCUGGCCAUUGGAUUUUUGGCCAUAACAGCAGCGGUGCUGGUUAAAGUAUUUCAACCCUACGAUUUGAUAUUCAAAUGGAAAUUGGUAAUGGCUGAAAAUGGUGAAAUCUUCAAUCUUUGGGCCAAACCACCAGUCGAUCUGUAUAUCAAAAUAUAUUUAUUCAACAUCACCAAUGCGGAGGCCUUCCUAGCGGGUCGCGAAAAGCUGCAGGUGGAGGAAGUGGGUCCCUAUGUGUACAAAGAACUCAUGACACAUGAGAAUAUCACAUUCAAUGACAACAACACCAUGUCGACAACGCCUAGCCAUCCGCUGGUCUGGCAGGAGCACCUGUCCGAGGGUCGCCGGGAGGACGACGAGGUCGUCAUGCUGAACAUAGCUAUGCUGGCCAUUUCCCAUUUAACUGCCGAUCGUAACUACUUCUUUGUUCGCUUGCCAAUGCAAGGACUUUUCGCCAGCACCAAAUCGGAGCCAAUUGUCCGCAUGACGGCCCGGGAGUUCAUGUUUGGCUUUCCCUCGACAUUGGCGACGCUGGGCAAUACGCUGUUGCCCAAUUGGAUAUCGUUCGAGAAGGUGGGAUUGAUCGAUCGCAUGUACGAUUUCUCAACGGACUUUGAGACGUUCCAUACGGGCGUGCCGGAUCCGGCCAUAUCGGGCCUAUAUGCCACAUACCGGGGCGAGACGAAACUGCCCCAAUGGGAGGGCGAUCACUGCAGCAACAUUGAGUACGCCUCCGACGGCACGAAAUUCAAGAGUUUCAUCCAGCCCAACGAGACGGUGAAGUUCUUCCGCAAGAGCAUGUGCAGGCCCAUCAAUUUGUAUCGAGAUGGUGAGGAGCGCACUUUUGGCAGCCUGAAGGGCUACAACUACGUCUUCGAGGAGAAUGCCUUUGAUAACGGUGCCAUCAAUGAGGCUAACAAAUGUUUCUGUCGCCAUGGCGAUUGCCAGCCCGUUGGCUUGAUUGACGUCACGGAUUGCUACUAUGGCUUCCCCAUCUCUCUCAGCUUCCCACAUUUCAUGAAUGGCGAUGUUGGCCUGGUGGAGAACAUUACGGGCAUGCAACCUGAUCCUGAAAAGCAUUCAACAGCAUUUGUGAUACAACCUGAAUCCGGUCUGCCGCUCUCGCUGUCCGUAAAAGUACAAAUCAACAUGCACUUCAAGGACCUGCAAAACUAUCCGCAAGUCUCACAGUUUAGUCAUCUGACUGCCCCAAUGCUGUGGUUCGAGAUCAUGAUGCCUAAGCUGCCGGACGAGCUUGAUACGCGUUUCAAUUUCUAUUUGAAUCUGUUGCCGCUGGUAAAUCCGUUGGGCUUCUGGGGUGCCCUGGUGCUGGGCGUAGGCCUGCUGGUGUAUGCCAUAACACGCGCCACCCUGCACAUGUCCAGCUUCACGCGCCAGGCAACAAACAUUUCGGAUGGCAAAUAUGCUAGAGCGAAUCUGCUGCAGAAUCUGACGGGAAGUGGAGGCAUCAUUGGCAACGGCAAUCAGGUGUACAAUCCGUGCGAACUGAAGCUGUUGGACGAUGUGCCCACGGCAAAGAAACAUGUUAUAAUACGUGGCAACAGCGACGACGAGGCCUAUCAGGAGCGCCGACAGUCUGCAUACGCUCUAGAGCUGGAGCCGGCGCUCUCCGAUGCGGAGAGCAGCGACGAGGGCAACGAGAGUGACACUGUGACGCUGAGCCGCAACUCAACCACAUCCAGUUCGUGCAUUGAAGUGGAGCAUGAUGAUGAUAUUUGCAUAGAUUGCUUCGACGACAACGGAUUGGAGGUGACUGUGGAUGCAGCCAGUACGAGCAGCAGCAGCAGCAGCAAACCAGGCGCGAAGCAUCAGCUGGGCGUUAGUUUGGCCAGCAGCGGCUAUGCUUCUUCGCCCGCCUCGAGCAGCUCCAGCGCGAAUGAGCUGAGCGGGUCCAACAGCAAAACGGGCUGGAUGCCCUAUGCACAUCCCGAGAAGUUUGACGGGACGACAGGAAUGACGAAGCAUGUAUAGAAAUAAGCCACCAGUUUAGUAUUUAGUUUAGGUUGUCGGUAUAUCCAUAUAGAUGAUGUAGUAGCUAGUUUGCUAGUUUGGUUGGGCAUUGGCAUCGCCGCUUUUGGUUUUAUAUAGCAUUUUUUUUUGUUAGUGUAAAUAAUAUGAAAACCAAAUGUUUGGUUUUUUCUUUUUUCAAUACUGUGAUAGCUUUAAACAACAAAAGAACGAUGUAUGUAUAUCCAAACAAAACAGCACACGAAGUGCUGAAUGCGGCUUUUUACAAAAAAAAAAAACAAAUGGAACAAAAACAAAAACAAACAAAAAAUAACUAAAAUUUGUAUGGAAUUAUUUAUAUAUCGAGUUUAAGCAGUUUGUAAGGUAAAUUACGGUUUAAUUUUAGUUAACAAGUCACCUCCAUGAGGUGCCACAAAUGAUUUGAAUUUAAAUUUGAAUUAAAGCAAAUUGUUAAUGAAGAAAUCUGAAUAAGAGAAAUUUGCACAACAAUUGUAGUUCAAGUUCAUACAUUAUCUAUGCUAAGAAUUGCUGUGAUUUUUGUAUUUGAAGCAGAAUUUAUGGGCAAACGCAUUACAAUGCGAGGCGUUUGCACAAUAAAUUAAUUAUCUUAGCCUUAGACCAUGUAACUGUAUCAUUUAAACUGCAAUAAAUGCAACAAUUAAAAUAUA